GAAAACUGAAAACAUUUGAGGUCUACCCCAAAAAGAGAGGCGGAGUGCGUCCGUGAACAUCGUAUAAAAAGGCAACGAAGAUUCACGACAAUCAGUCACUUGCAUUUUCUUGACAACAACAAAAACAAUACCCCAAAAGCUCCCUGAAAAAUGAACAAGUUCAUCACUGUUAUUGCCAUGCUGAUGAUUGUUGCUGUGGCUGCAGCUGCACCACAAUCUUAUCCAUCACCAUCCAGCGCCAAACCCUCUUACGAUGACGCUCCAAUGCCGUACAGCUUCGACUGGAACGUCAAAGAUGACGAGAGCAAGAACGACUACGGACACAAGGAGACCAGUGAUGGCAAAGUUGUCACCGGAUCUUACCGUGUUGUUCUGCCCGAUGGCCGCACUCAGAUCGUGAAUUACAAGGCCGACGAGAACGGAUACGUGGCCGAUGUGAAAUACGAAGGUGAAGCCAAAUACCCCGAACCCGAAUACAAACCUUCCCCCAAGUAUUAAAAAAUUAUAGAAACUCCCAGCAAAUUAUGUCAUGUAAAUUAUUUCCCGUGAAUGUGUAAGAAAGACGAUACACUCUCUCGAAAAAUUUGUUUCAAAGAAAUGAAACUACUUUGUCUUCCCUUUUUUGUGUGUGCCGAAAAUGCCUGUGCGUGCCGUUGCAAUUUACGUGAGACUAUGGAACAACAAAGGGUAUCAUACCGUACACGUUUAAAGAGUCCUCUGAAACAUUUUCAUCUCCUGUAAAAAUAAAAAUUAGCCAACGUGAA